AUGGUGGAUCAGCUUACCGACGAGCAGAUCGCAGAGUUCAAUGAAGCCUUCUCUCUGUUCGACAAGGAUGGUGACGGCACUGUUACAACCAAGGAAUUGGGAACUGUCAUGCGUUUCCACGGGCAGAAUCCAACAGAAGCAGAACUCCAAGAUAUGAUAAACGAAGUGGACGCUGAUGACAACGGUACACACGACUUUCCAGAAUUUCUCACCAUGAUGACGCGCAAAAUGAAGGAUACGGACAGCGAGGAAGAAAUCAGAGAAGCAUUCCGUGUAUUCGACAAGGACGGAAACGGCUUCAUCAGUGCCACUGAAUUGCGACACGUGAUGACCAACCUGAGCGAGAAGCUCACCAAUGAAGAAGUCAACGAGAUGACCAGAGAAGCGGAAAUCGACGGUGACGGGCAGGUCAACUACGAGGAGUUCGUCAUUAUGAUGACAUCCAAGUGA